CAGCACCCGGCCUUGGCAGUGGCCAGGCUCUCCACCAGUCUGCGGAGACAUGAGGCACGGCCCGAGGGCCGCCCUGGUCCUGGGGCUGCUGCGCAUUUACCUGGCCCAGGCCAACUUUGCCCCUCACUUCUUUGACAAUGGAGUGGGCAGCACCAAUGGAAACAUGGCCCUGUUCAGCCUCCCAGAAGACACUCCUGUAGGUUCUCACGUGUACACCCUAAACGGAACCGACCCUGAGGGAGACCCUAUCUCCUACCACAUCAGCUUUGACCCCAGCACUAGAAGUGUCUUUUCUGUUGAUCCCAGGUUUGGAAACAUCACCCUGGUAGAAGAGCUGGACAGAGAGAAGGAAGAUGAGAUUGAAGCCAUCAUAAGUAUUUCCGACGGCCUGAACCUGGUGGCAGAGAAAGUCGUGAUACUGGUGACAGAUGCCAAUGAUGAGGCACCCAGGUUCACCCAGGAGCCUUACGUUGUCCUGGUCCCAGAGAAUACACCUCCCGGGAGCAGCAUCUUUAAGGUUCACGCAGAGGACAAGGACACAGGCUCUGGAGGGAGUGUCACCUACUUCCUACAGAACCUACCCUCCUCCAAGUUUACCAUGGACCGCCACAGUGGUGUGCUGCGUCUCCAGGCUGGAGCCACACUGGACUACGAGAAGUCAAGAGCUCAUUUCAUCACUGUGGUUGCCAAGGAUGGUGGGGGCAGGCUUCGAGGGGCUGAUGUGGUAUUCUCAGCCACCACCACAGUCACCAUCAAUGUAGAAGAUGUUCAGGACACGGCCCCUAUUUUCGUGGGCACACCCUACUAUGGUUAUGUGUAUGAAGACACCCUUCCGGGCUCAGAGGUGCUGACGGUGGUUGCCAUUGAUGGGGACCGAGGCAAACCCAACCACAUCCUCUACAGGCUCUUGAAUGAAAGCGAUGGAGUCUUUGAAAUUAAUGAGACAUCUGGAGCCAUCUCAGUCCUUCAGAGCCCUGCCCAGCUCCGGAGAGAGAUGUAUGAGCUUCACGUACAGGUGACAGAGGUCAGCUCUCCAGGAAGCCCAGGUGCCAUGGUCCCAGUCACUAUCAGGAUUGUGGACCUCAACAACCAUCCUCCAACCUUCUAUGGGGAGAGUGGGCCCCAGAACAAGUUCGAACUGUCCAUCUAUGAGCACCCACCACAGGGAGAGAUACUUCGUGGACUCAAGAUCACAGUCAACGACUCUGACCAGGGAGCCAAUGCCAAAUUCAACUUGCGGCUGGUGGGACCUGGAGGCAUCUUCCGAGUGGUGCCACAGACCGUCCUGAAUGAAGCCCAAGUCACCAUCAUAGUAGAGAACUCAGCCGCCAUUGACUUUGAAAAGUCUAAGUUGUUAACCUUCAAGCUCCUGGCCAUUGAAGUGAAUACCCCAGAGAAGUUCAGUUCCACAGCAGACAUCGUGAUCCAGCUUCUGGACACCAAUGAUAAUGUCCCCAAGUUCACCUCUCACUACUACAUUGCCAGGAUCCCAGAGAAUGUUCCAGGGGGCUCCAAUGUGGUGGCUGUCACAGCUGUGGAUCCAGAUACAGGACCGUGGGGCAAAGUCCAGUACUCCAUUUAUGGGACCGGGUCAGAACUAUUCUUGAUUCACCCAUCAACUGGGCUUAUCUACACUCAGCCUUGGGCCAGCCUGGAUGCUGAGGGCACUUCGAGGUAUAACUUUUAUGUGAAGGCCGAAGACAUGGAUGGGAGGUACAGCCUGGCUGAGGUGUUUGUCACUCUGUUGGAUGUCAAUGACCACUACCCCCAGUUUGUACAAAGCAUCCAGGAGAAGACAAUGGUGCUGGGAACCCCAGUGAAAAUUGAGGCUACAGACCAGGAUGCAGAGGAGCCAAACAACUUGGUAGAUUACUCCAUCACCCGAGCAGAACCAGCCAAUGUGUUUGACAUUGAUGCACACACGGGAGAGAUCUGGCUCAAGAAUUCCAUCCGUUCCCUGGAGGCCCUACACAACAUCACACCCAGUGGGGACUACUCAUGGUCCCUACAGGUGCAGGCCAAGGACCGAGGCUCCCCCUCUUUCAGCACAACAGCCUUACUCAAGAUAGACAUCACUGACACAGAGACGCUGUCCCGAGGCUCCAUGGCUGCCUUCCUGAUACAGACCAAGGACAAUCCCAUGAAAGCUGUGGGUGUGUUGGCUGGUGUCAUGGCCAUUGUUGUGGCUAUAACGGUCCUCAUCUCCACUGCCACCUUCUGGCGUAACAAGAAGUCCAACAAGAUCCUGCCUGUGAGGCGUGUGCUCCGUAGAAGGCCCAGCCCUGCACCCCACACAGUUCGCAUAGAGUGGCUCAAAUUCAGGAGGGCCAAGGCUGCUAGCAAGUUCAUUCUCAAAGAGGAACCCCCCAAUGAGAACUGCAAUAACAGCAGGGCAGGAGUCACAGUGCCCCCCAGAGCUCCAGCUCUCCCACCACCCACCAAAAUGGCCCAACGGACAGUGCCUACUGUCUCUGGAUCCCUCACCCCACAGCCAUCCCAACAGUUACCCAAGCCCAAGCCCUUGGGAGGUCCCAUUCAGUCCUCUCUGGUCUCAGAGCUCAAGCAAAAGUUUGAGAAGAAGAGUCUAGACAACAAGGCUUACUUCUAGAGUGUGUCCCAUGAUUCUUCUCUUCCCUUCCCCUAGUACUGACCCUCAAGGUCACCUCUGUUUUGUAUAAUAUGUAACCCCAUGUACAAGGCUCUGCAAAGUGCUUUGGGCAAAAGAUUCCUCAGAUGGAAGGCAGUUGACAAAUACAGGCCCACUACCCAAAUCUUUGGCACAGCUACAAUUCUCUCUGCUCUUCAGGGACU